AUGGCCACUCUUACCCUUCCCAACCGGCGAGUCAUGCGACGCCAACAAGAAUUGGUAACAUCAGAGUUUGCAUGGGAUAACUCUAGUUCUGCACUCUCGGUCCCAGCUUUUAGCACCCAGAGCCCCUUUACUCCUGUUCUUCCUUCUGUUACAGAUUCCGUGCCACCACAGGCUUCUUUUGUGGAUGGAUCAGAUUCCUCCCUUAUAUGUCCCACUGGUGGAAAGAUUGGCAAUUUUACUUUGGACUUUGAUGAAACCAAACCGGGUCCACUCUUCAAUCCGUCUCGUGAUAUUUGGUUCUCUCAAGGGUUCCUCAUUGCCCCUCCAUCGGCCCAGACUUCUCAAUCUUACAACCCUUCGUCUGGUGGUCAGCUUGUUGAAUUCGUGCCGCCGUCCCUGCCUUCAUCAUCUCAUUCUAGUGUAGGAGACACUGCUGAGAUUGGUGUUGGCCCAAAUGCUCCAAACCACUGCUUCAGAUUUGACUUCCAGGGCGCGAGUCUCGGCUGCGCGGCAGAAGGUGCUGAAAACUGGUGCGAGUUUGAAGUUUCAGCAUACCGCUACAACGACGUUUUGGGGAGAGAGGAAUCAAUCGCCUGGUCUGAGACAAAGCGCAUUCCAGCAUGCCCCAGCUUCCCUCAUGGGAACUGUCGACUGACACCCGUGUUGUUUGAUGGCUACGCGAAUAUCACGUCGAUUCUGAUUAACCUACGUGUUGGCGCUGAACUGCGAGUCUGGUGGGGAGAUGACUUCAAAUUCGGGUGGAGCGACAAUGGUUGCGAGGCCGCGGCUUGUCGCGCGAAUGCUGUUCCCCAACCCACCAAGCGUGAGGUUAUCGAAUCGGCGGCUCGCCGAGGCGUCUGGCACUGGACUCCGAGUGGGCUUAAGCGAAUGGAUGACGAGUACAUCUGGGAAUCAGUAUAG